CAUCUGAUUCUGCAUCCCUGUGAUUUUGUCCGUUCAUUAUACUUGCAUCUAUUUCCGCGUCCGUAUAUCGAUAUAAUAUACUUCUACGACAGUACAUUACAUCUGCAUCUAAUUCUGCGUCCGUAUAUUAUCUACGUUGUUCCAUGCCCGUUCAUAUGUCAUCCGAUUCUGCAUCCCCAUGAUUUUGUUCAUUCUCCUAACCUUACUUUUACCGGAAUUGGCGCGCGAUCAGAACAUAUUUUAUUCAUCCUUAAAAAUGAAUAGAUCAAAGUUAAUGCUUCAAAUGUGUAUUGAACCAGUGAUGUUACCGAAAUGGGAAUCCACAAAAGGUUUAACAAAAGAAGAAAUGUUGCUCGCUAUCGCAGGAUAUUAUUCAGUCACAAAUGGUCCUCAAAAUGAGACAGCAUCGAUUUGUGGGUCACCAAAAAUCUGCAGUGAAAGACAUUUGGAGAGUCCAUCCAGUGAGGAAGCCUUAUUUUCUUCAGAUACUGAUGAAGAUCCGAGUUAUAUACCAGAUACGGAUUCAAGUGGCGAUGAAGGAUCUUUACCAAAAGUAGAGUAACAUCUAUUGGUUUACAGGUGCCAAGUAACCGCAAAAUAGUCAUAGUUUCAGACAUAGUAAUCAAACCCGGACAGAAGAGUGAAGAGAAGAAGAAGAAAAAGUACAUACGCCAACCAGAUUACUGCUUUUUUUGUGAUGAAGAUGUGCUAAACUUUGCACGACAUAUAAAGCGCAACCAUAUAGGGGAAAGUGAAGUCCAAAAAAUUCUAUCACUACUAGUUAACUCGAUUGAUAGGAAACGUUGCAUAAGUAACUUGAGAAAGAAGGGCAAUUUUAUUAAAAAUUCAAGUACUUUUUCCAAGCCAGUACAUAAAAGUGCUGUGAAUGAUAGCGAAGAAAAUUA